CAAACUUUGUAAUCAUGAGUCUACUACCCAUCAUUACCAAUGAAGAAAAACACCUACUUCUCUCUCUACCCUCUAUCCAUUUCUCUUUCUAAACUAACUUAGCCCACCAUUUAUUUAACAACUAAGCUACAUAGAGUAUUUGUAAAUCUAUUUAAAGAACCUCACCUUCCUCAACUUCCACCCCCUCACCUUUUUAUUUAAUUCACUCAAUCUCACCACCCAAACAUUCAUUAACAAUCUCUUCCUUUAAACUUACAUAAUAAUCAAACAAUGUGUAGUGCUAAAGAUUGGUUACAAUCACCUACAACUCAUUGCCAUACUCAACCAUCUUCAAGAUCAAAAUCCAAAGUUCGUGUUCAUUGCCUAAUUAUAAGGAGAAGAUAUAAAGGAACAAAGGCAGAAGACAUAGAGCUAAAGAAUCUGAAAUUGUACCUAGAAAACAGAAGUAUCUUGGAAGAGAAUGAAAAGCUAAGGCAAAAGGCUAUUUGGCUUAGACAAGAAAAUCUAGCUCUUCUUUCUCAGUUUCAAAAGAAAUUCAAAUCUUCUCAGCCAAUUUGAAUGAGUUCAUAGCAGGAUAAGCUCUACGUAGUUUUAUUAGAUUUACUUUAUUUUUUUAUUUUAAUCUGUCCUAAUGAAUUUGUCCCAUUUUAUGAUUAUAACGUAACAAUAAUAAAAUAGUAUUAUUUUAAGGGUAGAUUAGGGGUGGUUUAAGAAUAAAUCUCUUUGUAACAUGAUCUAAGAUCAUGAUUUUCUCAGUGCCUAGAUGUAAAAUCUUUAGUCUUUACUAGAAGAAGAAUAUGUAAUAUAUAUACAAGAAUUUAGUAAUUACAAUCUUAAAUAUGGGUUAUUAUAAUUUAAUUACCUAAAAGAUAAGCCUAACUAAUUCUGGGUUUUUUUAUG